GCUGUGACCAUACAGGAGCUGAGGCAUCCCACACUGAGACCGUGUCCCAGAGACAUCUGCAGAGACAGCUCACUCCAUCCACCUGAUUCGCUUUUUUUUAAAAGGAUCUUGGGCACUGACGGCAUCUUCACCCCAACCCAGCUGAGCACAUCAUGCCGCCCCAGGUGCACAACCAGGCGCUGUCCGCGCCGCGCGUCCUGCAGGGGGACCUGGCCGCCCUCGGCCCGGCGCUGCGGGAGUUCGUGGAGAGCAGCGCCUCCCUCUGCCAGCCCGACUCCCUGCACAUCUGCGACGGCUCGGAGGAGGAGAACCUGCGCGUCCUCACGCUGCUGGAGGAGCAGGGAAUGAUCAAGAGGCUGCACAAGUACGAGAACUGCUGGCUGGCUCGCACCGACCCCCGAGACGUGGCGCGCGUGGAGAGCCGGACGGUGAUCGUGACGCAGGAGGAGAGGGACACGGUGCCCACGCCGCGCUCCGGGCUCAGCCAGCUGGGGCGCUGGAUGUCCCAGGGGGAGUUCGAGAAGGCCAUGAACCUGCGCUUCCCCGGCUGCAUGAGAGGCCGCACCAUGUACGUGAUCGCCUACAGCAUGGGCCCCCUGGGCUCGCCGCUCUCCAAGAUCGGGGUGCAGCUCACGGACUCCCCCUACGUGGUGGCCAGCAUGCGGGUGAUGACCCGGAUGGGGGCGGCCGUGCUGCAGGCCCUGGGGGACGGGGAGUUUGUGCGCUGCCUGCACUCCGUGGGCUGCCCUCUGCCCCUCAAGAGGCCCCUGGUCAACAACUGGCCCUGCAACCCCGAGCUCACCCUGGUCGCCCACGUGCCGGACCGGCGGCAGAUCGUCUCCUUCGGCAGCGGCUACGGCGGGAACUCCCUGCUGGGGAAGAAGUGCUUCGCUCUGCGCAUCGCCUCGCGCAUCGCCAAGGAGGAAGGCUGGCUGGCCGAGCACAUGCUGAUCCUGGGCAUCACCAGCCCGGAGGGCCGGAAGAAGUACAUCGCCGCCGCCUUCCCCAGCGCCUGCGGGAAGACCAACCUGGCCAUGAUGAAGCCCUCGCUGCCCGGCUGGAAGGUGGAGUGUGUGGGCGACGACAUCGCCUGGAUGAAAUUCGAUGAGGAAGGGAAUCUGAGGGCCAUCAACCCAGAGAACGGGUUUUUCGGCGUCGCGCCCGGGACCUCCGUGAAGACGAACCCCAACGCCAUGGCCACCAUCUGCAAGAACACCAUCUUCACCAACGUGGCGGAGACCAGCGACGGAGGGGUGUACUGGGAGGGCAUGGACCUGACCCUCCCCAAGGGUGUCACCCUCACCUCCUGGAAGAACAAACCCUGGACCCCCGAGGACGACGAGCCCUGUGCACACCCUAACUCCAGGUUCUGCACCCCAGCCAGCCAGUGCCCCAUCAUUGACCCGCAGUGGGAGUCCCCAGAGGGCGUCCCCAUUGAGGCCAUCAUCUUCGGAGGGCGCAGACCACAGGGUGUGCCCCUGGUAUAUGAGGCCUUUGACUGGCAGCACGGUGUGUUCGUGGGCGCUGCCAUGAGGUCCGAGGCCACAGCUGCAGCUGAGCACAAAGGCAAAGUGAUCAUGCACGACCCCUUCGCCAUGAGGCCCUUCUUCGGCUACAACUUCGGCCGCUACCUGACGCACUGGCUCAGCAUGGAGCAGCGCCCGCGGGCCAGGCUGCCCAAGAUCUUCCACGUCAACUGGUUCCGCCGGAGCGCGCAGGGGGCCUUCCUGUGGCCGGGCUUCGGGGAGAACGUGCGCGUGCUGGAGUGGAUCUUCCGCAGGGUGGACGGGGAGGCCGGCGUGUUCCCCUCGGCCGUGGGGUACCUGCCCGCCGAGGGGGCGCUCAACCUGAAGGGGCUGGGCACGGAGGUGGACCUGCAGGAGCUCUUCCACCUGCCCCGGGAGUUCUGGGAGGAGGAGGCCCGGGCGAUCCGCGCGUAUUUCGAGACGCAGGUGAACGACGACCUGCCCUACGAGGUGGAGAGGCAGCUGUGUCUGCUGGAGCAGAGGAUACACCAGCUGUGAGGCGGGGCCAGAAAACAGUGCACUGCCAGGGAGGUGGAAAUUAGGAAAUUAGCGGAUUGCUUAAUUUACUGUUGCUUUUAAUUCCAAGUUCAUGAGCCAGGGCUCCCACCAUCGCUUAAGGAAAAAAAGUGAAGAAAAUGGUGGAUGUUGAAAAAUCAAAGAAAUCUUUACCUCCAGCGUCCUGUGCUCUAGCUGUGGCUGCUGACCUCCAGCCCUGUGAAACACUAACAGUAUUGCUAAUGAACUGAAAUGUCUUCUGGAACCUGAGAAGAGCUUAAUCAUUUUAGAUUAUAGUGUUAACUCGUCUUUAAGUGUCAAGUAUAUUUUUAAAAAGUGAGAGACAGAAAUCAAUAGCCUAUAUUCUGAUUUGCACAUUUAUGCAAUAUUUUAAUGUCAUACGCUUUCCAAAUAGAUGUUUUUACGAGCCUGGUACAGUAUGUUUGGAUGCGUUACCAGAGAACAAAAAAGUCCUGCCCUGCUGUCUUCCAAACACUGGGGAAUCAGCACAUGUUUCAAAUGCAGAACAUGUUCUUUCUUGCAGAAUAACUGUUAUAGUUAUUGUUAUUGCUAUUGUGAAACAUUUUAAUUUAUUUUUGUACAGCAUUAGCUGUUGGGAUAGUUUUAUUUUUUUUA